AUGGAGACAGAAAGCGGUGAAGCAGCUUCGGCGUUGCCGGAAUUUGUGCGUCAAAUGAAUGUCGAACAAAGGCGUGUGGUCAAGGAGCAUUUCCUGCUAAUGGUUAUGGCUUGCCGAUAUUCUGGAUGUUAUCUGCCGGCUCACCGGAAAGACGAUUUCAACACUGUACUAUACGUCCUGAGAAUCUUAUUCAUUGUCAUCAUCUCAGCAUUGUGUAAAUUUUUGCACAUUAUUAACAGAGAGCCAGCCUAA